UGAAUAUACUUUUUUAAUAUUUUACUUUUUUUUGUUCUUUAAAAAUUAAAUGAAAUACGCAUUUUCCAAAGAAAGCUUUUUUAAAUACUUCAUAAAACGAAACAUUUAUAAUUGAACAUGCCGAAUGAAGCGAUUAUAUACUCAGGACCGUACGAGGUUGGACGCCUUCGCCGCCGGCGUGAUCGGCGGGUGGCGGAAUACCUCUUCAGGCGAUCGAUUCGCACCAGCAACCCGGUUCCCGAGAUGACACCCAUCCGUAUUGCCAAGCUAGUGUUAUACUUCAUGGCCUUCUCUGUGGUACUGGCAGCUUUCACGGCCGGAAUGGCCUCGAUAUUAAUUACAUACAGUAUACCGCCGGAUAUACCGGGGUGCAGGAAGUUUCCCGGACUUAGCACAAUGCCCGGGCGGUCUGUAGGGGACCAAAAGCAAAUCGUUUGGUGCAGUGAAAACGAAAAGCAACUAGGAGCAAUACGGCGGCAGUUGUCGGAUAUGGUGGAAGGAUACGGUAUUGAAGGUCCAAAACGCAUGAUGGGUUGCAAUCUUGACGAUAGUUGGGGCUAUGCCUCUGGCAAGCCCUGCAUUCUGAUGAAGCUCACCCAAGCACUCGGCUUCGAGGCAAUCACGUAUAACGAUGCCAUUUCCUUGCCCGAUAUCGCUCCGGAUGAACUCUAUAAUUACGUGUCGGAUCUUGGCAUGGAGGAGCGUCUAAACCGCAUCUGGGUUGCCUGCCAGGUGAAGAAGGAGGAUGAUUUGGAUGUUAUGAUCGACUAUGUGCCUGAGCGCUUCUUCGACGCCGAAGCGCUUUUUACAAAUAUGAAUAUUUUUCUCAACGAUUCCUCAGAUAACGAUGGUGGUACUUACACCGAGGACCCUAGCGUCAGGCGUAUCAUUGGUGUUCAGUUCAAGAAUAUACCACCCAAUCGGGACGUUUUAGUCCGGUGCCAAGUGUGGGCCAAGAAUAUACCCUUCCAUAUGGGAACCGCCAGGUUCCUAUUGCACAACACGGAACCUAUCCACCCAACGACUCCAUUAUUACUGGAUGAGUGGUACGAAAACUGAUUGGAUGUUUGGCUUUAAGUCUUGAUCUUUAGAUUGAAUACUAUACGUUAAUUUUUUUUAAUUUAUGUUUCAAUCUACUAGUAUAUA